AUGGCUACAUUUCAUGCCAAACCAAGAUGUGUUGUGAUUUUUCUAGCGCUAGUUGCCUUCAAUGGUUCCCUUGUAGCUCAUUGCAGGCAAAUAAAACCAUUGAACAAACAUUCCUCGAAAAAGAAGGACACUGAAGAGCUGGAGUUUAAAGCCAGUGCUACUAUUCCUACUACAUCAUCAUUAGUUAUAUCAAAACAUGAUGUUGAAGGUUUUGGAGACACAAAUGCCUUCCGACCCACAACACCAGGGAGCAGUCCUGGUGUAGGUCACCGAAAAUUUGCAGCAGAAGAUAAAGAUGUGAAAGCAACUGUAGCAGUUCAAAGCCCUGAUGUUAAAUUUCACUUUACUGAGGGCACAGAAAGUGGUUUCAAGCCUACAAACCCUGGUCAUAGUCCAGGAGUUGGUCAUGCUCAGCAAAACCAAAUUGGGCAGUAAAUUAGCACUGUAAAUAAGCAAUUCCUGAUAGGGUUCCAAAACUAGUUCAGCUGCACAUCAAAGUAUAUUGUUCUCCUAAGUUUCAUUCCAUAUUUCAGCUUCUGUAUUAUUCAUGCAUGUUGCAUGAGCUUAG